UAAAAGGAGAGGACGCCGGGAACGGACAAGCAAUGCCGUGUUUGCUGGUCGCCGUGGUCGUCUCCUAGCAGAAGUCGAAACAAAAGCGCGCGUCAAAACGACGGCGUUUCCCACAUCACGAUCGGGCAUUCAUACUUUCUUUCGUAUCAAACAGACGCGCUAAUACCACCAAAGAAAAAGGUGAAGUCUUUCAUUCCCUCCUGUUCCUUUCGGUUUUAAUUCGAAUCCCGAUCUUAAUUCAAUGUCAAAAAUGGCUGCUUCGUCGGAUUCAUGGAUGAAAGAGUACAAUGAGGCUGUAAAGCUUACAGAUGAUAUCAAUAGUAUGAUAUCGGAGCAUAGUUCUAUGCCUGGAUCUGGUCCGGAGAUCCAGCGUCAUGCUUCAGCAAUAAGGAGGAAAAUUACAAUAUUGGGUACAAGACUUGAUAGCUUACCGAACCUUUUGUCAAGGCCUACUGGCAAGCCCUUAUCAGAAAAAGAGAUGAAUCGUCGCAAGGAUAUGGUUGCAAAUAUGAGGUCGAAAGUGAAUCAAAUGGCUUCCGCGUUGAACAUGUCGAACUUUGCCAACAGGGACAGUUUGCUUGGCCCAGAAAUAAAGCCAGCCGAUGCUAUGACUAGAACAACUGGUUUGGACAACUAUGGCGUAGUUGGUCUGCAACGACAGAUAAUGAAAGAACAAGAUGAGGGCCUUGAGAAGUUGGAGCAAACAGUGACAAGCACGAAGCACAUUGCUUUGGCAGUCAAUGAAGAGCUUGACCUUCAUACCCGACUAAUUGAUGACUUGGAUGAACAUGUGGAUGUUACAGACUCUCGUUUACGGCGAGUACAGAAGACUCUGGCAGUUCUGAAUAAGCGCACCAAAGGCGGUUGCUCCUGCAUGUCCCUGCUGCUGGGAGUUGUUGGGAUCGUCAUUCUAGUUGUCGCCAUUUAUCUACUUGUCAAAUACUUGUAAUACCGCAAGAUAAAACCAUCAUGCCUCGGAUAUGUUUGUUUUGUGUGAUGAAUGACUUUCAUUCUUCCUGGAACUGUGUUUGAAACAUUCUGUUGCCUUCAUUUUCUUUGGGUGUCUUGAGUGAAAGUGUGAAUACUGAGCUGUUCAGCGGCAAAUGUAAAUCUAUAAGCAAUCUAUAUGCACCAUUUGAUUUGUCAU